AUGAAUAAAAAGGUUUUCAAACUAUAAGAGGAAUUACUAGAAAAAUAAUUUUAGCUAGAGGAAGAAUACUACUUCUAAGUGCGUGAGACAGAAAAAUAUUGGGAUAGAGAUAGCAAAUGUGCUUUAAAGAUAUAAUCGAUUUAUAAAAUGUUUACAUUAAGAUAGAGAUUCACAAAAUUAAAAGAGUCAGUUAUUAAAAUUCAAACAAGAUUCAGAGGGUUUUUAUCGAGAAAGAAAUUUUAAAAGAAGAAGGAGGAUAAUAUUAAUUUGAUGAAUGUAAAGUACUUUUCUCAGCAGGCUAUUACUAUUCAAAAGAUAUUUAGAGGCUUUUACUAGAGGAAAUUUACUCACGAUUUCUAUGCACGUAAGAAAUUCUUGUAGGAGUUGGGUGACUAAAACACUCGCUUCUAAGGAGAAAUGAAUUAAAUUGCAGAUGAAGAAAAAGUAGAAGAAAAGAAAAGAUAAGAAGCCUAAGCAAGAGAAGAAUUUACUUAAUUAGCUUCAAAUUUACAUCAUUUAGCCAGUACUCAUUAAAUACCAGGUGUUUACAAUCCUCCUUAUGCUAUAUCUAAACCAACAGCCUUCAACAUAGAAGUUGAAACUCAUUUAAAAGCUACUUUUAAGGCAAAUUAUGCAUGGAAACCACCUACACGCAAAAGCAUUGCAACAUUUUAAAUAAAAUAAAAUAAAAAAAUAAUUAGCACUUAAUCUUCAAUCAAAGUGAAUCAAAAAUGA